CAACCGACUAAAUCGAAAAGAUUAGAUUUGCAAGGGAUUCGUGGAUUGGCAAUUCUUUCGGUUUUAGGAUUCCACUUUUAUCCAUCCUACUUUCCUAAUGGAUAUCUCGGAGUGGAUCAAUUUUUCGUUCUCUCUGGCUUUCUGAUGUGUAUGUUGCUCACAAAAACAGCGAAUUCUCCAGUGUCAUCUGUAUUUCUGAACUUUUAUUCUCGCCGUUUCAAAAGAAUUCUCCCCUUGUAUUUGCUUAUAAUUCUGAUGUCAUUAAUAGCAUUAUAUACUGUAUUCAUAGAAACUGCUAUCCUUCAAAACCAGUCUUCUGCUUUUCGAGCUCUAUUUUUUGUAUCGAAUCGUCCGAAAACUGGAGAAGAAGACUAUUUUGAAAAGUUAAAUCUAGCCAUGGAUAUCUUCACUCACACCUGGUCUUUAUCUGUUGAAAUUCAAUUCUAUUUUGUCGUUCCUAUCAUUUUCCUUGUUGGAAACUUGUUUCCCGAAAUUUUCAAACUUGGAUACUAUUUCAUUCUGGGAAUCACAUCAUUAUCUUAUUAUGUGACAUCAUCUCAAACAGUCGCCUUCAACAGUAUGUUUGCUAGAAUUUGGCAAUUUUUAAUCGGAAUGGUUGUCUAUUUGAUCUAUUUCAAAAAGAUCUCAAAUACCACUUCGCUUCCAUUUGAAAUGUCAAAAACAACAGAAAAUUUGGAUGAUGGGAAACAGAAACUUCUCGAAGAAGAUGGAUUUGAUGAGGAAAGUGAAAAUGAAGAAGAAGAACAAGAAAAGGAAGUAAUGGCACCACCUAAAGUGACAACGUAUUUGGGUCCAUUCUCAAAAUACUUCUUCUUAUUCCCAAUGGCUUAUAUUGUCACUUAUCCAAUUGCAUUUUAUCCCUUUCUUUUGAGACCAAUCUUCACAGUAUUCACCGGAGCUCUCAUGCUGAUUUCAGUUGAUGACAUCUAUCUGAGUAACAAAAUGUUGACCUAUAUCGGAGACAUAUCCUACUCUCUUUAUCUCAUCCAUUGGCCUAUUUAUUCUUAUUGCAAACUGAUGCAUCCAGGAAAUAUUUACGGUAGGUUAAAGAUUCUAUCAAAAAUGAAUAUUAUUUUGACCGCCGGAUUGAUCGUUUCGAUACUGUUGGCAGUGGUGGUCUUCGAAACUUUUGAAAAGUGGUAUUUGAAACUCUCCAAUAUCUCAAUCACCAUUCUUGUUCUAACUUUACUCUCAAUUAAUUUAAUUUUGAUUCAUAAAGAUGUGAUAAACGGACAAAUGAAUCCAUCCAGUUCAAAUUUCACAAGAUUGGAUGGCGUUUUACCGAACAUGACUUAUGAUGAUGCGGAUAGAUUGAAUGCUCAUUGGCAACGAACUGAUUUGGGGGGAUUGAACGAACCAGGAUGUAUUAAAAGAACUCCUGGAAAAGUUUGGUGUGACUACGAGGAAAAAGGUAAAGACUUCAAAAUAGCAAUUUUUGGAAACAGUUUAACUCUGAACCAUCAUAAAAUGUUUCUACAAGAAUGCAGACAUCGUGCUUAUAAUGUAACUAUGUACUCAGAAUACGGUUGUGAGCCACUGGCUGCCCUUUCAAAUGAAGCUCACUGUAAACGACAUCUGAUAGAUUUUGUGGAUUUCUUGAAAAGUGCAAAGCCGGAUUAUGCGUUUUUGUUCACACGAUUCUUUGCCACUGGAGUUCCAUUCGCAGACGCAAACAACACAAAUCUAGAAACGGAUUCAACGUACAAAGAGAUGAGACAUCAAAUGGAACGAUUCAUUCCAAAUAUAAAGAAAAAGUUAUAUGUUCUGGAUGCGUUUCCAAGAACGAACAAUCAAUACACACUGAAAGUUGCGAAAGAUUUGAAAAGUGGGCGAAAGUUAGAAGAAAUUCAUAAAGAAAUCGUUCAAUUGGACACCUACAAAUUAGCUCGUUAUCGAACUGAAUCUAUUGUGAAGGAAUGUGGAUCAAAGUGUGAAAUGAUUGAUUACGAACCCUUGCUCUUCAAUAAAACCACAAAUAGAUUCGAGUUUUUCGAUAGCACAGGAUUCCUUUACUUCACCGGAAUAAACCAUCUCUCUGCUCAUGGAAUGGAGUUAGUGAGACCACUUUAUACAGAAAUUUGUAGAAAGUUG